AUGCCAAGAAAGAGAAUUGGAACUCAGAAGGAGAGAAAAACAUUUGCAUGUCAAGGGUAUAAAGAUUGUCAUAUGACCUUUACCAGGGAAGAACAUUUAGCAAGACAUAUAAGAAAACACACUGGGGAGAAGCCAUUUCAAUGUUAUAUAUGUUUUCGUUUUUUCAGUCGUAUGGAUAAUUUAAAGCAACAUAGAGACACUGUCCAUGGUAAAAGUAAUAAUAGGUUCGUAUCUAUUAAUCCUUCUAAUCAGAGACAGAAUAAUUUCCAUUAUAUAAUUCCCAAUAAGAAACCAACCAGGGCGAAUGCCAUGAUUAAUGGUAGUAAUAACCCAAUCAACAACAAUAGUAACAGUAGUACACAGCUAUUGAGAACAUAUCAACCGCAAUUACCGCGAGAUAGUACAGUAUUUUACAAUUGGUCAAGAGGCAAUAAUAUCGAAGCGGCUCCCAUGCCAGUACCAAAUAAAAUUAUCUUGAAUCAAAUUGAAACAGAGAAAAUCAAACGGGCCAAUAAACUGGAUUAUUUGGGACAGGUUGCUGAGAUGGGAGGUGGCAGAUUCGAAAGAGACGGUAAUGGUGGCACCAGAAGUCCUUUAUUUUACUCUCAAGAAUAUUUGAACGAGAGGAUGACGAAGAAUAAUGGUUACAACAACAGCAACAACAAUAAUAAUAAUAAUAUUAAUAAUAAGAAUGAAACGGCAUCUUCCAACCUUCCGUUUAGCAAUAAUUUUGUGGAAGUUUUGCAUGAACAACGACUUGGGUCCAAUGCAGAACUGCCGAAAGAUACUCCCAAAGAAUUGCAACCAAGUGAAUCGCUGAAGAUGGAGGCUGGAAUACGUCCUGAUACUAAUGCAAGUAACGCCAAUGCUGAAACCACGAAGAGAAAAAGUAAAGCGAAGGAAAGCAGUAGCCCCUCCAAGCUAAGUUUAGAUUAUAUAAUCACUAGAUAA